AGGAAUUUUUAUUAUUUGAAAAUUUAAUAGUAUUUUCAACGUUGAUAAUGCCUAAUUCUCUUAACCUCAACUCGAUUGUUGUUGUCAUUUAUAUCUUCAUUAAAUUAAGUAAGAAUACGAUAUCAACCUUUGAUGAUCAACUUAAAUGUAUCAAUAUUAUUAUCGUAAUGUGAUCUGUAGCAUUACUUUUGAGGCAACAUUAGACCAGAAGAUUCCUCCAAAGGAAGAAUCAACUGUAUCUGAACUCCCAUCAAUUAUAUUUUCAGGCUACAUUAAUUAUGUCAAUGAUUUUAACGAAUGUGCCAUGAUUUGUGAUAAUCUUAUAACAGAAAUAGAAAAAUAUGAUAAAAUAGUACCAAUAGGAUUUGAUUUGGAGUGGCCUUUUAGUUUUCAAACUGGAUCUGGUAAAACAGCCUUGGCACAAAUUUGUUUCAGUGAAAAUAUUUGUUAUCUAUUACAUAUAUAUUCAUUAAAAAAAUUACCAGCUGCAUUUGUGGUCCUUUUAAGUCAUCCAAAAGUGAGAUUAGUUGGAGUUAACAUAAAGAAUGAUAUCUGGAAACUAGGUAGAGAUUUUAAGGAAUUUCCAGCUUGUAAAGUCGUAGAAAACAAUUGUAUUGAUUGUGGUAAAUUUGCAAAUACAGUAUUAAAUAGGUCUUGUCGGUGGAGUUUAGAGAAGUUAACAGAAUAUUUGUUAAAGAAAAAGAUUAGUAAGGACCCAAAAGUUAGAAAAAGUAAAUGGCAUAUGCAUCCAUUAAAUGAUGAGCAGAAACUUUAUGCAGCGACAGAUGCUUAUGUUUCUUGGCUUUUGCAUGUAACUAUACAAGAACGAGCAAAUUUAAAGGAUAAUGAAUUAAAAGAGACACAGAAUAUUAAUGUCUCAAUAUGACUACAAAAAUAGUUAAAGUUUUAUGGGCUGGUAGAUUAAGUUAUAGAUCCGGGCUUAAGCUACAAAAAAUAUUAUCUGAUCAGCAUCACCAAAGGGUAGAAAACAAUAGUUGCAAUACAUUAAUAUUGCUUGAGCAUGAUCC